AAAGUAUUUCCUUAAAAUGGAAGUUAAAAAUAUUGAUAUUUCAAAAAGAAGUUUUCACGUACAUACGCGCCAUCACUCAUUGACACGUACAAUCCAUCCGGAGAGCCGAGUACUUUCUAUACAAUAUACUUCCCUUACGCCUAAUGAAGGUCUGGUAUAUCUUGAGACGAACUUGAAGACUGCAAUAUCUUUUGAUAGCUCUUCGCCGCGUCGUGUGCCUCAGGUUAGGUUUCUAUUGGGCGUCCACGGUGUCCGAGUAAGAACAUCUGAUCGUGCAGAAGAUGAGGGUCCUACACAAGACCUCUGUGCCUCCAUUGAAAUUAAAGUACCCGCACAGCAUUCUUUUGCAGGUGAAACUGAUGUGCGAUCUUCAUUACCUGUCAUGCUUGAGGUUCCAAUUUUAGCGUGUACUAUUUCCGAAAAGGUCCCUGCAUGCCAGCCGAGAUUGGCCGCAGGCGACGUAUUCUCGAGAAAAUUAAGCGGAAUUCACCAGGGUAGCCGAAUUCCUAGUGGGCCUACGACAUCCCCCGCAUUUCAUAGGGUAUUUUCCCCUUCGUAUGUGGUAAUGGAUGGAGAGGUGAUAGACCACACGAGGGGGUAUGGCGAUACCCAUGGUGAAGUUGUAGUAGGGACAAAAUGGCGACAACGACGUGUCUGGUUUAUUGAUCUAACACAGCUGUCCUUACAAGACAGUACGGUGUUAAUUGACCAAACAACAGGACGGAUUUUAGUGCCUACGGCACUGCAAUGCAAAUACAAUUUAUUUCCUCCGUGUAAGGAUGUCGCAUCAGGAUCGCCGCGCGCCGCGUGUGAGGAUUCAAAUCAAACAAACGAUCCUCUUCACUCUGAAGGAACGAACAAUAGUAUUGUAAAGCAACUUCGAGUUGUCUUGUUGAAUGAUUUAUUGUCGCUUGACCAUCUGAUUCAAAAGACUGAAAUUGAAGGGGGCAAUUGCAUGAGUAUCGAUAUACCGAUAUUAAAUUUUAGAUUAGCUUCGAUUAAUCUAUGCAAACGACCAUGUAGGGAAUAG